GGUACGGGGGGGUGAUUGCACUGCCAGAAAUAAAGAGAGUCUACAAAAACGGUUUGGCAGACGACAGCAAGGAAACGAGCCUAAAUAAACCAGCAGCUCUUGCUGACCAACUCGGGCUUUUAUUUAUUUUUAUUUACUGGCAAUUCUUCUUCUGAUUUUUAAUAAUUUUCACAUUAAUUUUUUGCGUGAAAGUGAGAUUUCUGUAGCGCAGUGGAUUUUGGACCGUGCGUAAUUUGGAGAGUUUAUUGCCACUCCGUGUCCAGGAUGCGCGCCUGCCCGCUGAUGGUCUUCCUCUGCCUCCUGAGCGCCGGACGCACGCAGAAGUUCUCCGCUUUGACGUUUUUACGGGUGGAUCAGGAUAAGGAGUGCAACAUAGAAUGUGGCGGAGCACCUCGGAAAUCUCUGUGUGCCUCCGACGGCAGGACCUUCGCGUCUCGCUGCGAGUUCCUCCGAGCCAAGUGUCGUGACCCCCAGCUGGAGGUCAUCCGAGGGCCAUGCAAAGAGACAUCCAGAUGUGUUGCAGAGAAGAAGUACACAGAGCAACAGGCCAAGAAGCAGGUCUUUGUGCCUGUCUGCAACCCCGACGGCACUUACAGCGAGGUUCAAUGCCACAGUUACACUGGAUAUUGUUGGUGUGUUACUCCUAACGGAAGACCCAUCAGUGGCUCAGCAGUGGCCAACAAAAAGCCUCGAUGCCAGGGAUCGAGACAAGACAAACCAACAACGAAAGAGCCACGUAAACCAGUCUCCUUGCAAAUAUUCUCCAUUCUAAAUGCAGAUGAAGCAGUCAUAGAGGUGGAUCCACAGCCCGUUACUGAAGACGAUGACAUUGCUUCCCAGUAUCCGACUUUAUGGAAGGAACAGGAGCGCAGUCGACAGAACAGAACCAGGACAUCGCCCUCAUCGUGUGACCAGGAGCAUCAGUCUGCUGUGGAAGAGAAGAGGCUGCACAAUAACGACGCUGUGUUUGUACCAGACUGUGCCCAUGGCGGUCUCUACAAGCCAGUCCAAUGCCAUCCCUCCACUGGCUACUGCUGGUGUGUUCUGGUGGACACUGGAAGGCCCAUACCUGGGACCUCAACCAGGUAUGAACAACCAAAAUGUGACGGCAAUGCCAGAGCCCAUCCGACCAAACCAAAGGACCAUUAUAGAAGCAGACAUCUCCAAGGCUGUCCUGGGGCAAAGAAAACAGAGUUCCUGACAAGUGUUCUUGACGCACUGUCGACAGACAUGGUGCAUGCUGUCACAGAUCCAGCAUCAGCUGGAAGGAUGGCCGAACCCGACCCUAGUCACACUCUGGAAGAGAGGGUCGUCCACUGGUACUUCAGUCAGCUGGACAAAAACGCCAGCGGGGACAUUGGAAAGAAGGAGAUCAAGCCAUUCAAACGAUUUCUUCGCAAGAAGUCCAAGCCCAAGAAGUGUGUUAAGAAGUUUGUGGAGUACUGCGACAUCAGCAAUGACAAGGCACUGUCUCUGCAGGAGCUGAUGGGUUGCCUCGGGGUGACCAAGGAAGAAGGAGUCAAACCAGGGGAAGACUUACCUUCUAGUAAACUAAAUCCAUCGAAGAAGCAAGGCUAAGACCAACAACUGACAUUUCCCCUCUUGCAUUGAGACUCUGCCCUCACCAGUCGGCAAUAACGGAAACAAUUGUAUUUGCACUUUCUACUUUAAAACAAACAAAAAACGAUGUAAAUUCACGUUGUAGAAAUGAGGUAUUUAAACAAACUGCUGAAUCUGUGAAUGAUGUAGUUAGCUUUUCAUGUCCUGACAAAAAAAGAUGAACACAUACAAUGUAUGUGGCUUUGUGUGUCAAAAAAUGUACCUUUAAAAGUUGUACACGUUUUCAUUUUUGAUGCUACCUUUUGUGCCCAUUACCACAAUGUAGUCUUCCUCUCAUGUUCAUAAUAUCCAGACAGAUAUUUGUAUAGUUUGCUGCACAGUUACAAUAACCUAGAUGAUACUUUUCCUCAUGUGCUCUUUCUAAAUUUCCUCGGCUUUGUAAAGCAGUUUGCAAGAAUGUAUUAAUCAGAGUACAUCAUAAAAUGACCUAUUACUUUGUAUGUAAUCAUCUUUAUUAGAAAUAAAGAACAUUUUUGUAUA